GUGGAAGUCGUGCCUUGCUUUGGGCGCCAAGCGCUAUCAUUUAAAUGGCUCUCUGUCCUAUUUUCAGGCGAGCGUCGUCUAUAGUGACAUUGCUACCUCGAUGUUCGUCUUCAGUGAGUCCUGCUGUUGCCGGUGGAAUAAAAGACAGAAUGCUCAAGUUUAUUACCAACAACCAUAAUCUUUUCGAUACAGUUUCUGGAGAUUUGAAUGUCCCUGUGGAAAGUAAGCUGUCGUGGUUACAAGAGGAUCUUAUCAUGGAGAUUUCAGAAGUAGAACCGGACACCGGUCGUGGAGAAAUCAAGCCCAGUACAAAAGAAAAUCCUAAUCUCGUUAGUAGUUCUAAUGUCAGAGCUAUUCAGCGAUGUCACUGUAGUCCUCACGACCAUCAUCUAAAAUGUUUGGUUUUGUAUCGUAAUCUUCCUGCACGUUGCUUUUGCGGUCACUGGUUCCUUCUCGUUGAUGAACAGCGCUAUGAGGAGGAGCGAGAGAAAAAGUGGAAUAAAAUUAAAGAUGAACCAGCAAAUGCUGAUUUGCUUAAACGAUUUGAUAUCUUGGAGAAAGAAUUAAACAUCCUUUUAGCAGAUGGGAAAUCUAUGACACCAAAGUCUCCGGGUGCGGAUGAAAUGAUGGACAACAUGGCUCUAAAAUGGAAGGAAAUGAAAGAAGUGUAUGCUGUCAUACGCAAAAAUAUGCUGCUUGACUAAAACAAAUAGGUGUUCUGUAUUUCAGAGUGGAUAAGUUUUAGUCGGUUUAGCAUUAGCCAACAAUUUCAAAUAGUCUUGUUAUUGAAACCAGUAAAAUUAAAAUUUCUUUUUACUGUUUAC